AAGACUCGUAGUGGAGAAAUAGCCGUGGGUAAGGAGACAAACACAUGUGGAGACACGGAUGAAGCUAACAAACAAACAGAGGUAACAGGUCACUGUUAUUCAAGAUGUCUUCAGCACCUGAACCUCCAUCCUCAAAAACGGAGCCACCUAAAGAGAAGGACUAUCGAAUUCCUGGCCUCCGGGGGGCCCGAACAACCACCUUAUUUCGAGCUGUGAAUCCAGAGCUCUUCAUUAAACCUAAUAAACCCGUUAUGGCUUUUGGAUUGAUAACCCUGACACUCUGCGUGGCUUACAUUGGUUAUCUACAUGCAACUCAAGAGAACAAAAAAGAACUCUAUGAAGCAGUUGACAGUGAGGGAGCCAGAUAUAUGAGGAGAAGAACAUCUAAAUGGGAUUAAAGAGGUAGAUUAUUUCAGAGUGUUAUGUUCGGUGCCCUAAAAUCUAAAAUUGAAAGGACUGAGUGUGAAAUGUCACAUGUGUUGCUGUAUUGAAGUACAGUAACAUGGAAAAAGAAUAAAAGUUGGUAACCAGACUUCUA